GUAAUCAGCGCUUUGAUCGCCUUCUGGCAGCAGCUCGAGGAGGAAGCUUGGUUGCUCCGGCAGAUUUGCGCUUCCUUCGAAAGGAGGCACCGGACCCUGCCCAGACAUCAGUGACUGGGCGUAUAGUUUCAUACUUGCAGAACAUCUAUGAUUCAAUCGCCGAGACUCUCCCCGACUUUCGGGAUUGCGAUGACAUCCGUACUACUUUGGCCUCCAGGGGAAGUGAGGAAAUCGAGGACACUUAUGCCAAAGCCUUGAGCGAGGGCACUCACAACAAAGACGAAGAAGUUAUCAACGAGCUCUUGAAGCCAACCGCCAAGAAGAAGCGCAAACUGAGAUCCGUGGUGGUGGAUGCUCACAAGCAGGUUCCCCUAGAGGAACGGUGGCUGCCCCCGGGCGCUACAAUGAAAGACUACUGGGAGCAAAUGUGCUUAUCAGACCCGGCUGAGGCUGUAUCGUUCUCUGCCUUCUGGAAG